GUUUUCUUUAUGCGUUUGCAACAAGACUACCGUUACCUGUCUUAAGCCAAACGUACUUUGUCGUUCAUCCUCCGGGCUCCCUGCUGGUCGAUUUUCAUCACAAACGCAUCGCCCGCUUGUAGGCUAUACAAGCUGCCCGGUGGAUUCCUUUCCUUCAUUCGGUCACUCAUUCCCACACAUCGCUUCUCAUGUCUACCAACAUCAAUUCGCUCAUCGCCUCGAUCAUCAAACUCAAUGGGUCGAACUACUAUGAUUGGAAGUUCGCCAUGCAGAUGAUUCUCCGUCGCGCCGGCUGCUGGCACGUUGUUAGCGGCAAACUCUUACGUCCAGAUGAUGACCCUAAGAAGGCUGCGAUCUGGGAUUCGCUAUCUGAGGAUGGUCUCACUGCGAUCGGGCUUGCUGUGGAGCAGAGCGAGACGGCGCACAUUCGUGAGUGCAACACUGGUCCUGGAGCCUGGAAGGCUCUUGCCGCUAUUUACGAGCGGAAUGGUCGCGCUACGCGCAUCAUGCUCAAGCGUCAGUUCUACAUGUUCUCCCAUGAGAUUGAGAACCCCAUCAUCGAGUAUGUCACUGGUAUCACCACCAUCGUCAGCAAACUCAAGGCCAUUGGCGUCACCAUUGAGGAUGAAGAUGUCACCGAUGUCCUUAUCUACGCCCUCGCACCUGAGUACACUGCUGUUGCGACUUCCCUCAUGCAAUCGACUUCUUCCCCUUCCAUUGCCGACAUCACUGCUAGCCUCAUUGAGGCUGAGGAGCAGAUGAAGAAGCUCACCCCCGAAGGUGCCCUUGGUGCUCUGAAUGUCAGCACACGUAAGCCCAAGUAUUCCACCAAUAAUCGUGGUUCCUCUCCCAAGUGCCAUCGUUGCUUGAAACUCGGUCACAUUGCUCGUUAUUGUCAUGCUUCAGCUCCAGUCGAGGACACUGCUUUGGAGGAUGAUGUUCAUGCGAAGAUGGCCUUCAUGGACCCUCAUUACCCUGGACUUCAGUUGUUCUAGACAACUAUCGCUCGACUGCAGGAUUCAGAUCAUGCCGACGUGGCAAGUAGGAGUUUGGCGGAACUCAUUGUUGGGUCACUUACUCGGAGGGUCAGUCGCUGGAAGAUGCUGGAUAUGUAGGUUGUGGAUAGGUUGAUUUUUGUUGUUUGUUGUGUUAUCUCAUUCAGUGGGUGACUUUGUUAUUCGUCGCCUUUAGCGAGUGGGUGUGUUGUAAAUUGGGCGCUUCGGCGACUCAUGGAGAUUAGCGGUCGGAGCAUGAACCUUACGUAGAUCGUAGCGUACACGAAUCCGUAGCAUACUUGUUUUCUUUAUGCGUUUGCAACAAGACUACCGUUACCUGUCUUAAGCCAAACGUACUUUGUCGUUC